AACUUGGGCGCGAGCAGUGGAGUUGGCUGGUUGCACUGUCGGCGGUGGCCGCAGGCUAAGCUGAGGAAGAAGGGAGGGAGGGACGGGAGAAGGGAGUGAGGGGUGGCGUCGGCCCGUGUUGCAGCGCGCUGGCCUCCCGCGCGCUUCGGAGGCAGCCGGGGAGCCUCAUCUGUUUCAGUGGUGCAACUCUCUUCAUCCCUUUUCGGUUACCAGUCACCUUCAGGCCAUUCAGAGGAGGGAAGAGUGGGAAAUAUGAAGUCAGCCAAGUCCCAAGUGAACCUCAAUCAGCAAGGGGAAAACCAGCGGGCUCUGAGCCCCCUGCAGUCUCCUCUCAGUUCUGCUGCAUCUCCUUCCCAGGCAUAUGAAACCUAUAUUGAUAAUGGACUUAUAUGCCUUAAACACAAAAUUAGGAACAUCGAGAAGAAGAAGCUCAAACUGGAAGAUUAUAAGGAUCGCCUAAAAAAUGGAGAGCAGCUUAACCCAGACCAGUUGGAAGCAGUGGAAAAGUAUGAAGAAGUACUUCAUAAUUUGGAAUUUGCCAAGGAGCUUCAGAAAACCUUUUCUGCACUGAGCCAAGAUCUACUGAAAGCACAGAAAAAGGCUCAGAGAAGGGAGCACAUGCUUAAACUUGAGGCUGAGAAGAAAAAGCUUCGAACUAUACUUCAAAUUCAGUAUGUAUUACAGAACUUGACACAAGAACAUGUACAAAAAGACUUCAAAGGGGGCUUGAAUGGUGCAAUGUAUUUGCCUUCAAAAGAACUUGACUACCUCAUUAAAUUCUCAAAACUGACCUGCCCUGAAAGAAAUGAAAGUCUGAGUGUUGAAGACCAGAUGGAGCAGUCAUCCUUGUACUUUUGGGACCUUUUGGAAGGUAGUGAGAAAGCAGUGGUAGGAACAACAUAUAAACAUGUGAAAGACCUGCUGUCUAAAUUGCUGCACUCAGGUUAUUUUGAAAGUGUCCCAGUUCUCAGAAAUUCUAAGGAAAAAUCGGAAGAAAUGGUGAUGCAAUCAGAAAAGAAAAAACAGUCACUGAAGACUGAGUCUAUCAAAGAGUCAGAAUCUCUUAUGGAACUUGUACAGCCAGAGAUACAGCCACAGGAGUUUCUUAACAGACGCUAUAUGACAGAAGUAAACUUUUCAAGAAAACAAGAAAAUGAAGAACAAUCCUGGGAAGCAGAUUAUACUAGGAAACCAAGUCUCCUCAAAUGCUGGAAUACACUUUCAGAACCAGAUGGUCAGGAGAAGAAGAAAGAGUCUUUGGAGUCCUGGGAGUCUUCUCUUAAGUCUCAGGAGGUAUCAAAGCCUGUGGUUUCCUUAGAACAGGGAAAGCCUGGGUCAACAUCGCAGGCAGAGCAGAAGCAGCAGGUCUCUAUGGCACCUGUCAGUCAGUGGAAGCCAGAAAGCCCUAAGUCCAAGGUGGGCAGCCCUCAAGAAGAGCAGACUAUACAGGCGACACCAAAGUCAUGGGUGGUUCAGUCACAGAAGGAACAAGAUCCAAAGAAGCUGCCUCCUGAAUCCUGGGCAGUAUCUGUCCAGAGUGACCAGAGUGGCAGCCAAUCCUGGACCACUCCUGUGUGCAGAGAACAGGCUUCAGUGCAGCCUGGAACUCCAGGAUCCUGGAAGAACAAGGCUGAGAACCAGAAACAAUCCUUAAUACCACAGUCACAGGUUUCUCUGAAGUCCUGGGGAGCAGCUUCAGCAGGCCUUUUACCAAAUGAUCAGGUCCAGCCCAGGAAGUUAAAUGUAGAACCCAAAGAUGUGCCUAAGCCCAUGUCUCAGCCUAUAGAUUCUUCCUCUGCCUUUCCAAAGGAUCCAGUAUUGAGGAAGGAAAAACUACAGGACCUCAUGACCCAGAUUCAAGGAACUUGUAACUUUAUGCAAGAGUCUGUUCUAGAUUUUGAUAAACCCUCAAGUGCAAUUCCAUCGUCACAGCCGCCUUCAGCUUCUCCAGUCUCUACAGUAUCUGCAGAACAAAACUUGUCCAACCAAAGUGAUUUUCCUCAAGAGCCAUCACAGACUUCUUCUCCAGUUACUUGUAGCUCAAAUGCUUGCUUGGGCACUACUGAUCAGGCUUCUUCGGGAUCUGAAACAGAGUUUAUGACUUCAAAGACCCUUGAGAUGGUGGUUCCCCCCUGCAAGCCAGCAUCUGCACUUGCUUCUCCAAAUCCUCCCCUGUCAAAGGGCUUCCAGUUACCUCCUGCAAGUGGUAGCUCGGCCUCCAUUAGCACAGCACCCUUUCAGGCCAUGCAGACAGUGUUUAAUGUUAAUGCACCUUUGCCUCCACUGAAAGAACGAGAAAUGAAAGAAUCUCCUUAUUCAUCUGGCUACAAUCAAAAUUUUACUUCAUCAAGUACACAGACAGUAUCCCAAUGCCAGCUCCCUUCUGUACACAUAGACCAGACAAUCCAACCUCCAGAGACUGUUGUAGGUUACCAUCCUGAUGGAACUGUUCAAGUAAGCAAUGGCAGCCUUGCUUUUUACCCAGCACCCACGAAUAUGUUUCCCAGACCUGCUCAGCCGUUUGUCAGCAGUCGGGGUGCUUUAAGAGGAUGUUCACAUGGAGGGAGGUUACUAAUGAAUCCCUAUCGGUCUCCUGGUGGCUACAAAGGUUUUGAUAGUUACAGAGGACUUCCUUCAGCUUCAAGUGGGAAUUACAGCCAACUGCAGCUGCAAGCUAGAGAGUAUCCUGGAACACCUCACUUUCAAAGGGACAAUUUGCAGCAGUGUUAUAAAAGAUCAGGGACAUCUAGUGGUCUUCAGGCAAAUUCAAGAGGGUGGAGCGACUCCUCCCAGGUGAGCAGCCCAGAGAGAGACAGCGAGACUUUUAACAGUGGAGACUCUGGGCUAGGAGACUCCCGGAGCAUGACCCCAGUGGAUGUGCCAGUGACAAACCCAGCAGCCGCCAUCCUGCCAGUACACAUCUAUCCCCUGCCUCAGCAAAUGCGAGUUGCCUUCUCAGCUGCCAGAACAUCUAAUCUGGCUCCUGGAACUUUAGACCAACCUAUUGUGUUUGAUCUUCUCCUGAACAACUUGGGAGAAACCUUUGAUCUUCAGCUUGGUAGAUUCAAUUGCCCAGUGAAUGGCACUUAUGUGUUCAUUUUUCACAUGUUAAAACUGGCUGUGAAUGUACCGCUGUAUGUCAACCUCAUGAAAAAUGAGGAGGUCUUGGUGUCAGCCUAUGCCAAUGAUGGUGCUCCAGACCAUGAGACAGCAAGCAACCAUGCCAUUCUCCAGCUCCUCCAGGGAGACCAGAUAUGGUUACGCUUACACAGGGGAGCGAUUUAUGGAAGUAGCUGGAAAUACUCUACAUUUUCAGGCUAUCUUCUUUAUCAAGAUUGAAAUUCAGUUCAGAGUAAAAGAAUGAAGUUCUCACUAGUGGAUCUAAGGAAAAGUAGUCCUUGCCCUAGUGAUUGACUGGUUGGGGAAAAUAUUUUUGUUCCUAGAGAAAGAAGGAGGUCCUUACUUUUUGUUUUCCUUUUUAUGUGAAUACUCUGAAGCAGAAUGAUAAUUAGCACUAAUUUGGCACUUUAUAAAUUGUGAUGUAGCUUUGCUAGUCACACGGUGAAUGUGUAUUGUUUGCACUUAACCCUGAACUGUGUCAAUGGUCAGCUUACUGAACUGAAUGCCUCAACUUCAGACAAGUAAUGCCUCAUUGUGCCUCAAUAAAAAAUUUAAACUGCA